AUGGGGAGCCGCUCUUUUAGCGGCGCUACUACAUCAAGUCGCCGAUCUGUCCAGCUGGCACUCGAGAAAUUUCAACAACCAACAGCGCUCUCAGUCGAGUCACCACAGUCGGUUUCCCCAUCCUCGGAAGUUUCACCGCCAUCCGUUUCCCCUUGCGCGCAACGGGUCCUGCGGCCGCCAGACUACCGCCGAGACACAUUAGUAUGGGCCGACCUAUCCCCCCCAAAUAUUGCGGCCGCGUCUGUGGCUGCUGCUGCUGCGGCAGCGGCGGCGGCGGCGGCGGGGGAGUAUUCUUUGCGAGACAGUCAGGGGAGUCCGACUAGCAGCAGCGGCGCGGGCGCAGUGGCGGCGGACGGCGCGUUUUUCCUGGAAGAAGCCGCAGCCGCGACAGGCCCGAGCGCCAUUCGGCGGGUGAAAACGCUUCCGCUCAGAGGGGAAGACGGGGCUGGCGGACUCUUUUGUGUGGAGGUCCCGUCGCCGCCCGCCUACCCCAAGCCCGCGCAUCCUUCCCCGCGCACGCAGCGCAGCCUGCAGUGGCUGGCGAAUUUCCGCGGCCAGCCGUAUUCCCCGCCGGCAGCAGCAGCAGCAGCGUCGCGGAAAACCGCUACAGCUGGCGGCGCGGCUGCGAGUGACGGCGGGGCAGGAGGCAGUGGAAGGGAGGCAGAGGCUGCUGCUGUGGGAGUCCGACUAGCCACUGGGGAAAACUGUUGCGGGGCUGAUCAAAUCAGGUGCCAUGUUGGCCGCAGCUGUGAGUUCAAACGCCGCCUGUCGCCCCUGUCCCCUUUCUCCCCUUCCGCCCCAUUUUCGCCCUCCGCCCAUUUCUCGCCCUCCGCCCAUUUCUCGCCCUCCGCCCACUUCUCGCCCUCCGCCCACUUCUCCCCUUCCGCCCACUUCUCGCCCUCCGCCCAUUUCUCCCGCUCCGCCCACAUCUCCCCCUCCGCCCACUUCGUGCCCUCCGCCCACUUCGCGCCCUCCGCCCCGUCCUCGCCGCUACCCUUCUCCCCGCCGAGUUCCUCACCGACGUCGACGCGCCCGCUGCCCGCCGCCACCGCGCUCCGACACCACGACUCUCCGCUGCCCGCUUGCGCAGCCGCUCACGCUUCUAACUGCCCGCGGUCCGAGUACAGCUGCCCGCGGUCCGAGUACAGCUGCCCGCGAUCCAAUCUCUGCCGCGAAGCCCACGCGCAGCAGCAGCGAUUUCGCAUCGCCGCCCAGGAGAUGGGAUAUCGCGACCAGCACGAGCAAUCGCGGCAGAUCAUGACGGAAGGAGAAGAGGAGCGGCAGCCGCGGUCGCAGUCGCGACAGGCGAAUCACCGGCUAGUACUACAGGUGCCGUCCGGGCGAAGCGCUGCGAUGAUCACGCCGCGCGGGGGCGGCGCGGGGCCGUCAUCCAACGGCCACGAUCACCACGGGCUUAAUCCGCGGCGUCAUCAGCUGUACUAUUCUCGGCCUGCGGCCGCUGCAACCUGCGCGCCGCGGUGUGGCCGUCACGAAGCGCAUUCCGCCGGACCGUCAGUCUCUAACGUAAACCCGUCGGGUGGUGACGUUUCGCGGGUUCAAUGCCGCGCGGUCUCGCCGCGGUACUACCCGUCUAUCCGUCCUCUCAGCCUGGCGGGCGACUCGCGCGGACGCGCCGCGCGCGACGAAGGCGCAACCCCCGUUUCCCCCGUGUCGCUGGUCGCGCAGCGCCUGGAGGUGUGGUUCGAGGAAGCCACGUCAGCAGGGUCAUGGCCGCAUCCCCGCCACAGCUCAUCCCGCGCAUCAGUCGCGUCAGCAAGAUCAUGA